UCUGGUGUGGCCCCCAAUGUCCCCUGGAAGAUAUCCACUCACAUGAAAAGGGAGACCCUGAAAGGAUCAUCAUUCAGUGCUACUCAUGUUCCUUGUGUCUUUGCCUCUUGUCGGUUCUCGCUUAUUUUGAUUCUUUCUCCUGUCAUCAUCAUACGUUAGUGUCAACAUUAUACACACAGUUUUUUUUUUGAACGCAAGACUCACUCACCAUGGAUGAAAUCAACCCUCUUCCCGACAACUACCACCAAGCCCUCAAGCUCAUCGAUGAGGCGCACGCCCGGGAUCCGAGAUCGGCCGAGAGGGAGUCCGGUUCUGUGCCGUUUGAGCUCGAUUAUGCUCAGCACAUGACAAGAUGGUUGGCGUUGCGCGAACCUGGAGCAUCGCCCGUUUUGCAGCUUGCAUGCCGGGCUCAGCAUUUCCGACGCUGGGAAAUCCCGCGAAGCAGCUACCCCAUGACUCGGCCCGGAUAUCUCACCUGGCGCGCCAAGCUCAAGUCCCAAGCGGCAAAGCAGGUGGCCGAGCUGCUCGCCGACGCUUCCAUCCAGCCUCCGCUGAGCCAGGAGGAGAUCGACAGGGUGGCCGCCCUGGUAAGGAAGGAGGAUCUCAAGACCGAUAGCGACACUCAGGUACUUGAGGACGUCGCCUGCCUGGUAUUCCUGGACGAGCAGUUCGACGACUUUGAGAAGCGGCCGGAUAUCGACGAGGAAAAGAUGGUGGGCAUUUUGAGGAAGACAUGGGGCAAGAUGAGUCCGUCUGGUCAUGCACUGGCGCUCCAGAUGCACUUGAGCGAACGGGCUAAGAUCCUGAUCGAAAAGGCUUUGGGUGUUUAGAAAUGGAAAGUCACAUGACAAAUGAAGAGAACAGGAAUAAAUUGUCAAAUGGGGGGUUCAAACAAUGACAUUUAAUAUCGCGUGUUUGUGAAAUGCAGAGAGGAGUGAGAGGCUGGAUGCACUACCUACCAGCUGUGUAACGUUUUAGCGCUAUGGUAGGGAUUGGGGGUCCCUUUUUAUAGGGUGAUAAUGGCCUGUGCACAAUUGCAAAUUUCGCUGCAAGACUCGGCUCCGAACUGCAUUUUAUCGUUGGAAAAUAAAGGAUUUAAAACUUGGAAACAUCAGAACACUUUAUCAACUAAUAUUCUGC